UCACACUCACAUCUAAUGUGUUAUGUAUAUAUAAAUAGAAAGAUGUAUGUGAGUCAAGACAUAUAUCCAAUCAAAGACAUUGUAUUCACACCAAAAAAAAAAAACAGAAACUACUCAAUCCAACCAUGUCGAGAACCCUAAUCAUGACAGAUUCUGAUUUAGCCCUCUUGGAUUCCAUAACCCAAUAUCUUCUAGAAGAUGAUUUCAAUCUCGCUAAUGUGAGCUGUUUCAAUGUCAGUAGCAGUACUGCUAGUCCUCAACCACCUCCCAGGGACAAGGCAGCGACUGAUCAUGGCCACGCUCUCGAGGCGGCGAGUGAGAGUAAGAUGGCGGUGAUUCAUUUUAGGGGUGUGAGGCGAAGGCCCUGGGGGAAGUACGCAGCAGAGAUUAGAGAUCCGAAGAAGAACGGCGCCAGGGUGUGGCUUGGGACCUACGAGACGGCUGACCAUGCAGCUUUGGCUUACGACCGAGCCGCUUUCCGUAUGCGUGGCUCCAAGGCUAAGCUUAAUUUCCCUCAUCUUGUCGGCUCCGAUGAGUUGGAUCUGGCGCGAGUAACAACCAAGCGUCGCUAGCCGGAGACGUCGUCGGCUACGUCGGAUGAGCGGUCUUAUAAGCUCAAGCGAACAAGGAGUACAGAGGAGGGAAAUUUUAAGGUUAAAGCUGAGUUAGACGAAUCUGAUUGGUUUAAUUUUUGCCAGGUGGAAACAUCAAGUAAUGACAGCUGGUAGCCUUUUAUUCGUCCUUCCAUUGUAUAUACGAAGACAAGUGAUUCGUUCUUUUUUUUUCAAUAGUGUCACACAAAUUUUUAUUGAAAAUAAAAGCUGUAAAGAAAUAUUAGUUGGUUGAGGCUUCGCUAUAGUUGGCGGUGGCGUCCUAACUUUUUAAAAUUUUACAUCAUUUAAUUUAUUUGUUUAAGCUAAAACAA